AUGAUAACCACUGAAACUAACCCUGUUUCUUUGCCAAAGGAUUUCUCGGUAACAAAUCAUAAUAAUUCACCACCUUUAAUUAUUAAUAGCAAGAGUCCCUUUACAGUUCACUAUGCUAUAUGGCCUUACGUUACUUUAAUAUCUUUAAUUAUUACAGUUUGGCUUCUCGUUUAUGUAUCAACAGUACUGUCACGUCGUCAUAAUCAUAGAAAUGAACAAAAUAAAUCAGCUUCAUUCUAUGCUACACAAGCUGCUAGUACUACUGGUGGAUAUGAAGCUUCAACAGCAACACCACCACCACCCGCUGAUAUAUGA